AUGGUCGGCAAACUUGAACCAGUCAAGGGGAAGCGCGAUGACUAUGACAUCGCAAUGGAGGAGCAUGUUAACAUGAACAUGGCCGUGGAGCCCUAUGGCCCGUCAGGCUUCCGUGGCCUCUUCUCCUCUCCCUAUGUUGCCAUGUGCGCUGCCUUCUCUGCCAUCGGUGGCCUCCUAUUCGGCUAUGACCAAGGAGUAAUCAGCGUCACGCUUGUCAUGGCCCAUUUCCUCGACCGAUUCCCCGAAGUCAGAGACGAAGCACCAGGCGCAGGCUUUAAGAAGGGCCUUAUGACGGCCAUGAUUACAUUAGGUGCCUUCAUAGGAGCUAUUAACCAGGGAUGGAUCGCCGACUGGAUAUCUCGCAAGCGGUCUCUUAUGGUUGCUGUUGUUGUCUUUGUAAUCGGUUCGGCCAUUCAGACUGGUGCUAUUAAUUACACUAUGCUUAUCAUCGGCCGGUUUAUUGGCGGCAUAGGCAUUGGGCAGCUCUCCAUGGUUGUCCCACUAUAUAUCUCUGAAAUUUCGCCCCCAGAGAUCCGGGGUUCUCUCCUUGUCUUCGAGGAGCUAUCGAUUGUUAUCGGAAUUGUUGUCGCAUUUUGGAUCACCUACGGAACCAAAGAUAUGACCAGUCAUUGGUCGUGGCAGCUUCCAUUCCUUUUGCAAAUCCUCCCUGGCCUUCUUCUUGGAUUCGGCGCAGUCUUCCUGCCUUAUUCGCCACGCUGGCUCGCAUCCAAAGACCGAGAAGACGACGUCUUAAACAGCCUUGCCAAACUGCGAGCCCUCCCCAAAACCGACCCCCGAGUCCAGCGUGAAUGGAUGGAUAUCAUCGCCGAGGCACGAUUCCAGGCUGGAAUUCUCCGAGAGAGGCACCCUCGGCUCACUCAGCGCACCGACUAUGCUAGCAAGAUUCGAGUAGAGCUUGUUAGCUGGGUAGACUGCCUUAAACCUGGAUGCUGGCGCCGGACGCUCGUUGGUGCGGUCUACGCUGAGGAACAAGACCUAUCAGCAGCACAGACUCACCAUUUACACUGGGAACAAGACCCAGCACUACCCAAAAACCCCAGACCCCAGACCCAAGACCCAGAAACCCGCCACCCCAACAGAAGGACCCCUCACACUACCACGCGGCUUUCCGCUACACUACCCAAGAUAAUCCCGAAGGAUAAGGCUUUUGCCACCAUUCGGAAGCAUCAGCUACAAGGGAAAAGCAACUACCUAGAACACCACGAGAUCUCUUCUAAAAACAAAGAAAAGUCCAGACUUGCCUUACAACUUUUCAAUGCGGGAGUAUCUAUGCCUAUCGCCCUAGAAAUCAAGGACUACAAAACGGCUACAGAUUAUAGAGCGAUCAUCAGGAAGCGUUAUGAUUUAUCAGACGAAGAGGGUACCCAGAAGAUCCUUAAGAAGAUCACAAACCUCAAACUCAGCGACUUUAACACUAUCACAGAGUAUCUCAACAAGCAUCCCCACCCCGAACUAAAGCCAAUCGCCCUACAGAACAGAGACAAAAACAACCAGAAUCCAAACAACAAGGAGUCAGGGCAAAAGAACAACGAAAACCCUCCAAAGAGACCCAACAAGGUGGUUACUCUCGCUCAUCUAGCGGAAAACAAGGAAGCUUUCCUACAAGCUCUACACGACAACGAUAAGCCGAUGCCAACAGAGAAAGAGAAGUCGGCAUCCGACGCCAUAAUACUUAACUCCGGAGCCGACAUCUAUGUCUUCAACAACAAGAAAUGGUUCACGGAAUUGAAGCCUCUAAACCUAACAAUUGCAGCUAUCGACCAGCAGAGUACCCUUCAGAUCAAAGGAGGAGGCAACACCCGAUUCACGCUGAUCUCUCAUAACAGAACGAGAACCAAAAUCAUUAUCACAGACGCUACCUACUCCCCAGACGCCCGAUACAACAUCAUCUCUAUCUCCCAACUAGGCAAAAAGGCAGGGCUCAGGGGGAGCUAG